UAAAUAAAUGUUAAGUCCUGAAAAAAAGGGGAAAAAUGCUGCAAAAGUGUCAUAAACACCGAUGUACCAAUCUCAAAACACUUAGAGUGAUUUAUGUGCAACUUCUAAAUAUACAAUAGGGUGUGACGAUUCACUACAAAAAAAGAGCACAAAAUGGCAGCAACAUAACUGCGUUUCUAUAAAAUUGCCAUUAUAUUCAUAAAUUAAGGCAGUUUAUGCAGCUGCCAUAAUUUUCUUGUAGAAAGCAGCGGUUUUUUGGUGCUUCUGGCGGUUUUAAAUGCCAUUACCUACCUGCUUUGAUAUAAAAAUUCUUCUAUUUCAUUAAUAAAGAUUGUGCUAUUUAAUCGAACCUCCAUCGCCAAGUGAGAAACCAGGAAGAAACUCCAUCGCAACAUGAGAUAUGCAAUCUCAUCCACGAGGCUCUCCUCUGGCGGCAGGUCCUCCAUCAAUGCUUUUUUUCCAGCUGGAUCUCCUCCAUCAACGUUUCUUCAAUUGAUGGAUCUGCUGUGUGAUUUUUCCUGCUCCACCGUGUUGUCCUCUGUGAAACUUUUCCUUCUCCAUCUUCGUUGAAUUAGGUUUUGAUUUUCUUCCUUGUUAGCAGAAAUUGGGGGUGAUGAAGAUAAAUAGAUUUGGAACUAUUUAGAAGAUGGAAGCUACUUAAAUAAGAACCACUUGAAGAUAGACAUCAUCUUUUCAUUCAUCUGUUUUCUUAUCAGCAGAGGUUGCUGCAGUAGCUGCAAGAGCUUUAAUGCCAGAGCAACAUGGUUCUAGUGGUUUAGCAAUUCCACUCAUCAAGAAUUUGAUCACUAUGGACAUUUAAUUCUGUGCUGGCUGGUAGUAAACCUUGUAAGGGUUGUUUAUCACUAUUGUACACUUUGUUAGUAGCGGUGACAAUGAACCAUCCAGGAGCAGAAGUGGGGCUAAGGAAUAAGGAGUGGAUCAUCAAGAGCCACCAACCACCAAAAUCAAAACUCAACAGAAACAAACAAAACAACCAAAACCUGUAAACUAAGUUACAAGAGAAAAAACACACACAACAACACACACACACACCCUGUGUUUUGUGUCUUGGAGAUGGCAAUGGCAAUGGUGCUUCUUCGCAGGCUUUCAACUUCCAUGGACAAGCCUUUACCUCCUCUCUUUAGUGCAGGCACAAUUGUUUACUACAAGUCCUCUUUACUUGAUGAAGCUGUUUACGACAAAGAAAAAUCCCGAGUUUCAUGGCCAAAGCAAUUGAAUGCUUCACUUGAGGAAGUUGAUCCUGAGAUUGCUGAUAUAAUUGAGCUAGAGAAAGCUAGACAAUGGAAGGGGCUGGAACUCAUACCCUCAAAAAAUUUCUGAUCUUUUUAUUUCAGGUAUAUUGACAUGGCUGAAACACUAUGCCAGAAGCGUGCCUUGGAAGCGUUCCGGUUGGAUCCAGCGAAAUGGGGAGUAAAUGUGCAACCUCUGUCUGGUUCACCUGCAAAUUUUCAUGUGUAUACCGCAUUGCUGAAACCUCACGAGCGAAUCAUGGUGUUUGACCUUCCUCAUGGAGGGCAUCUUUCUCAUGGAUACCAGACUGAUACCAAAAAGAUUUCUGUAGUCUCUAUAUUUUUUGAGACAAUGCCAUACUGACUGAAUGAAAGCACAAGAUAUAUUGACUAUGACCAGGUACUUUUGCACAUUGCAGUCUUGUAUCAUGGUCUCUGUAUAACCUUCAAUUGUACUUUUCACUUGCUGAGUGAUUAAACAUUUUCCAAUCCCCAUUUGCCUCAAAUUAGUCUACUCUCGAUUUAAAUAUUUGUAUACCACUUGUGUUAAUAAGAGUUUAUUUAAAGGACUAUGACAUUAAUUACUUUUUUCCUGUGGAAAAAAUAAAAAGAAUUAAAUAGUAAGAAAUGCAGUAAUUGCUUCUGUUGGUUUAUAUUAAUUCUUUUAUUUGUGCUAAUAUGAUCUUUCUAAUAGGAAAUACCUGCAGAGGGAACUUAUUCAACAGGUGAAUGAUUUGGAAUAUAUUUAUUUUUUAUUUAAGAAAAAAAGUUAAAUUUUUUUCCAUGUUAAGCCAUACACAAAAAGUUUCAAGUUGAGUCCUUUCGAAGCUGUUUUUAGUUGAUUACUUUAUCCCCCCUUUUUUAUGUGGCUAUUGAGUGUUGAGUGAUUCUAUGCAAUUGGACAAUUAGGACCUUAAAUUAUGAAAAAUAAUGACGAGCAUCCGUUUCCUUUUUGGCAGGAGUGCUGAGAAAAGGUAAAGCAAAUAGUGAGUAAAAACUAAAAAACAAUGGUUAAUUUUAGCUUUGGGUUGAUUAACUUUCUUAUUCAGCUUUGGAUAUUGAUCACUGCAUAAUAAUAACAUAAUCUAAAUGGGACUUUGUUAUUUGAAUUGAAUAAGCUGGUUAUUCAUUCUAUUCUGAAUAACUUGCCAAAAUUAUAAGGAGAUUUUAAAGCAGUUAAUACGAUUGGUGAAAUAACAGUAGCUUCUCUAUCAUGUGUUUGCUAGAUGCACAUGUAUUGAUCACAAUCUGGUAUUGGGUUAAACACAUAAUAGUAACAAGCCAAGUAUAGAAUAACUU